GCCAAUGGGAGUAAAGCGCGGUUUCCAGAGCUGAAGUGUGGCGGAAGUUGUCUCCGUUCCUGCUGUGUGUGCCUGCCCUGAGUUCUUGUCAUGUAACCGCGGCUGUCUGUGGGAGCGAUGUCCGCUGUGUCUGGCUCCUCCACCCGCGGCCAGAAGAGGAGCCUAGCGGAUCUGCUCGCCAACCGACCUAAGAAACCAGACGGGAAGCCGGAAUGUAGCAGUAACAGACUCCAAGAGGCAGCAUUGUAUCUGCUAAGCUGUCACCAGGAUGUGAAUCAAUUUCUGUUUGAGGCAGAGGGUCCGUCAUGCAAGAAACUGUCUAACGGUGAGAGCUCGGACCCCAGGCGGCCUCUGAAACACACCCCACUUACAGAGGAAUUUAUUGGCGCCACUUUACGAGAUCAGGCUUUACAUUUGGGCUUCCCGCCUAAUAUACUCGGGGCCAGAGCAGCUGUCUCCAACAUCCAACAGAUUUGCCAAAGUUCUGCGGAGAGCACGCAGGGGGAGGUGCUCAGUCAGGACCAGCGGGACCGGUUGACCGGUUUACUGAAGACUCUGAGGGGACUUUUGUCCGAAAAUUGUUUCAGCCACUCGUUUUUUUUAAAAGAGAUCUGGGAACAAGAGCGCCCUCCUGUGUUAGAGGUUAUAUGGCACUUGCAAAAUAUGGAUAUCGUGGGACUGGAGGACUUGCUAGAGAGUUGCAGAGCCCCUCGCCGUGCCGUGGAGUGGUUCUGCAGUGAGACGCGUUCACUGUUCCUGCACAUGGAAAAGUCAAGCGCUGAUCUGGAAUUUCUGGAACGGGUAAUAUCUACUUUGCUGACGGCGCUGAUUGGAAGGGCUUUCUGUCCGUCUGCCACUUCUGGAAAGACUUCGGAACACUCCAAAAUGAUUGAUAUUUCGCGCUCCAUCCUGGACAAAAUGCUUUCAUGGCUACUCGAUUCUUUCUCCGAAGCGACAAACGAUCAGUCAUACAAGCCAGGAGCUGAGCGACAUUGGUUAAUUGCCUAUAAAGCUGCCCAGUACAGAGCUCGUCUGAUUCCAGAAUCCCUGGAGGGUUUCUUUGUCCACACGCUGACUCAGACUCUCACCUACAAGCCAAAGCUGAAAGCAUCUGAUGCCAUUCGGUUCCAGGGCACUUGGAGUUUUGUGAAGACUUGCCCACUGCUCACAGACCUGUACCGCAGACUGUUUGUUUUGCUGAGCCCUGAAAAGUUGACUUCGCACAUAGAGAAAGUGUUGGACACACAGGAGGUGAACUGGCACCAUGUUCUCACCUGCGUCUCCUGCCUUGUUAUUUGCCAGUCUGAGGCACAGCGGCUGGUGAAAGAUCUUUUGGGCCGUCUACUGUCACAAGCCUUUGAAAGUUACGAGCUGGAGUAUUUAAUUACGGCCUUUCUCAUUGCCCGGCAAGCAGCGCUUGAAGGUCCUGCUGCAUUCGUGUCAUACAUGGAGUGGUUCAAGUGCACUUUUGGCGCUGCCAGCUCACACCAGGGCGCCACCAAGAAGUCCCUGGUUUUCUUGUUAAAGUUCCUCUCUGACCUGGUACCGUAUGAAUCACCACAGUACUUAAAGGUACAUAUUCUCCAUCCACCAUUUGUGCCAACCAAAUUCCGCCCUUUGCUGAUGGAGUACAUCACGCUGGCCAAGACCCGACUUGCAGACAUGAAGGUUUCCAUUGAAGACAUGGGCUUGUAUGAGGACCUUUCAGCAGGAUCAGAAAAAGACCAGACCCAGUCUCAGGCACAGCAUGAUGUGGAGAAAGCUGUACGAAUAUAUGAGAAUACAGGCAAGAUCCCAGCCAGUGUAAUGGAAGCCAGCAUCUUUCGGAGGCCGUAUUUUACAUCCCGGUUCCUACACGCUCUGCUUGCCCCCAGAUUGCUCCCAGAGGUUCCAGACUCGCACAUGUUACUUAUUGAUGCUUUGAAAAGAGCUGAUAAGAUUCCAGCCGCUAUGCUGAAUGCUUAUUUAGAUGCCUGUGAGCUGGAGAAACAUCGGAAGCUGGAAGGAAACGAGAAGAUGGAUGUGUCUAUGAAUGAGGAACCCAUGGCCAGGUUGCAGUCAGCACUGUGGGAACUGAGGUCCUUCGUGACCGAUGCAAAAGGAUAUGAUGAGGUCUCCUCCCAGGUGGCGGUAAUUUCCGACAGACUGGCGUCCGUAAUGGGGAGCAGUGAUGCCGACGUGUUUCCAGUGACGUCAGGGCCUCUCUUCUCUGAAACGGCAGAAAGGUUGGAGCCGCUGGAACUUAUGGUUGCUGACUUACUUCUCACAUCCUUCUGCCAGUGUAUAAUGGCGGCCUCCAGUACUAAUCAGCCUGACCGGCAGGGGCCCUGGCCCACCUUGUAUGUGAAGAUGCUGUGUGGUCACCGUAGGGCCCUCUUUGUAGUGCUCAGCAGAACCGUGCAGUUGCUGUGCCACCAGGCCCCACAUCUGAAAGACCCCCAUGUGGUCGGACUUGCUGCUUUGGCCGUUCAUUUACACGAGUGUCGGACAUCGCUUGCAUCUCCUAGCACCAAUGUCUACUCUCUGGAAAAGUUCUGGGAAGUAUUACUCACCCCCCGGUGCUCAGACUCCGUCUGCCUAGUUCUCAGGUUCUGUACCGCAGCCAUUUCCUACGCUUGUUCCAGGUUUAUGCUGCUCUCCCCAGGGACCUCCGCUGAUUCCGUUCCCCCAAUAUUCAUGCGUAAGCUGCAGCACCUUUCUCCCAGAUUGAUCCGGGAAACCAGAGAAGAGGUGAUGUCAGAGGAUGAAGUGGAUACGCCGUAUGUUUUCCGUUCAUUGCGCCUUCUUUCGACAGGCUGGAAAGAUGCAGGGAUCACGCUGUGGCGCCAGAGUCGCUUGCAGCAAGUGCUGAGACAGCAGCCCUUCCAGCUUUCCUUGACUGAUUGGCUGCUGUGGGAGAUGGCUCUCAGUCCUGAUAGAGACCCCCUGUGUGACACGGAGAGACAAGAAUACCAACGCUGGGCUUUGGGCUACUGCUAUCUGCCAGAGUUCUCUGCUGCUGACGGAUGUGGAAGUGAUUUGGAGACGGCCUGCUCCGUAGUGGUCGACUCUGUGCUACAGUUCUGCUGCAAGCCUGAGCUUAGUGUCGGCAGCUCUUCUCGCAGUCGUACCGGGCUUUCAGAUAUCCUCUGCCGUUUACAGGAGUUAGUCUGUGAUUGGAUGAUGAGCAACUCGCGUUCGGGCAAGGUCAGCUGCCUCAGUUUCCUGUUGAAAGUGUUUUAUCGGAGGUUAGAGCCCUUGACUGACAACAUGGACAUGAGUGCCCGACUGAGAAUUCAAGGUGAACUUACGACGUGUUGCAGGAUUCUCCUUGGACUCCCUUCUACGCUGCUGGUCAGCAGAUACUCCGACAGAGGCGACACUACUCUUAGCUGCGAGGACUUCUUCACAUUCGUCAACAACGCAUUGUACGCAUUAUUCCCGUUUAUGUUGCAGAAAAACAUGGGUCACAGAGGAUAUGCUCUUCCGUAUGACAUCACCACCCACUUUUUCCGGGGCGUGUUGGGCUCCAGCGCGCUCUGCAAGGAUCCCAGCGAGGCUGUGAAUUCCAUCUUCACUGCGACUUAUUCGCUGUGCCCCGUCAUCCUAACCUCUGCUGCGAUUUGGUGGCCACAGCUGGAACCAGUCAUCAGGAGUCAGUGGAAGCACCUGCGUGGAGGGGACUUGCCGAUGGAGAUUGAGACGCUAAGGACAAUACAAGCUGAUGUGGAUAGCUGCCUCUCUGAAGGAAUAUCUCUGCCAGUCACUGGCACCGUCUGGCUCUCUGCUGCCUUCCUACAUGUCACCCGCUGGAGGAGGAAAGCCUCACAUGGGAAGAUUGUAGAAUCACUCGCCAGCUUAAGUAAACAGUCUGUGCAGCUGUUGGAUUCCUUGCUCUUUCUUUCUGUCUUGGAUCUCAUCCCGGUUAUACUAAAGGGAACCUCAGCUGAACGCAAAGGGACAGUGGAAAGCUGUUUGCAAAUUAUCCACUGUAUGGACGAGAGAGGAGGCAACUGGGUAACAGCCUUCCAGAUAUCCAAGGACACACGCUCCACCACAAACAUCCUUCAUCAGACUGCGUCUGACCAGUUUCUCAGCCUCCUUCCUCUGGCUUUCUUCAGUUUGGCCCCAUCUCUUCCGUUGGAAAGUGUCGUCAAACAGCACAACUUCUUGUCUGUCGCGCUGAAGAUGUAUGACCAACUCAUUCAGCUCUUUCUAGAUGGCAGUCCUCUCGCUGAUCCCCUACAGAUGGAUAGCCAUGAUCUCUUCAGCAGUGGCCGCCGGCUCCUACUCAGGUGCAUUGUGAAGUCCCCACAGCCCAGUACUGCACUCCGGAACCAGCUUCCCCAGAUUGCAGACUCCUGGGAGGAGAAGGACCCCGAGCUAGCUGUGCUGCUGAGGAACUUUCUACAACCAUCCCAUGACAACGAUUUGUACGAUGAGCCCGAUCUCUUCUAAGCGCUGAGCUUGGGAUUGGUGCACGGUCACCGCUCUGGUGUUCUGCUGAAAGGACGACUAACCCAGCAACUGUUUAUUGUGUAAAUAAUUUAUUCAAAUCGUUAUCAUAAAUUAUCUACCGGUGGUUAUGUUAGAAUGGUAAGAGACCCUUAAGCCCCCAGAAGAGACGCCAGCGCUGCUCUGCAGCAAAGUGUUUCUGGGGCUACACUUCCGCUAAACAGCAAAGGACACCCAAUGGCCUGAAGCCGGGAAGGGUGCGCUCUGCUCUAUGUUCUCUGUGCAACAACGCAAGUGGUGGAUGCACUCUAUGCCCUGUACAGUAAAAUCUGUUAAAAACAAUAUAAAAA